AUGGCUGCGCCGCUUCGUCCCGUCGGCAGCGCGGCUGUCCGCCGUCUUCUGAGACCCUUGCCUCGCGGCUCGUCUGCUCAACCCGUCGUCCAGUUCGCGCCCAGGUCCAGAACCUUUGCCCAGCUUCAUCGCCUGACGUCACCGACCUUGAAAGCCGCCGCCUCCCAGGGCUACUGCCGCGCCCAGCGCCCAACAGCAACCACUCUGGUCCAUCUUCGCGCCCUCUCUGGCAAGCCAUUGCCUCAGCGGCAGUCAUGGACGCUCAACUUUUGCUACAGGAUGAUGGCCUGGAUUGGCACGUCCAUUGCCGUCGGCGGUAUCCUCGUCACGGCCUUCUUCGUUUACGAUGCGACCACAUACAAGGAGGGCGCGGACGCCGGUGACAUCACCGUCGGCCAGCUCGCGCUGCAGCCGCGCCGCGGUGGGCCUAAGAACCUGCCCAUCGCUGACGUCCUCAUCGAUGACAAUGACAAGAAUGGCAAGAGCGAGAACCAGGACAAGCCCAAGCUGGUCAUUCUCGGAGGCGGAUGGGGCGGCGUUGCUCUCCUGAAAGAGCUGCACGCCGACGACUACCACGUCACCGUCAUUUCGCCCACCAACUACUUCCUGUUCACGCCCAUGCUACCCUCUGCCACCGUUGGAACUCUUGAAUCGCGAUCCCUUGUCGAGCCGAUCCGCCGCAUACUCGGCCGAAUCCAUGGCCACUUUAUCCGAGCCAGCGCCGAAGACGUAUGCUUCCACGAAAAGCUCGUCGAAGUGUCGCAGACGGACUGCAAUGGUGAAAAGGUUCGCUUUUACGUGCCCUACGACAAGUUGGUUGUUGCCGUCGGCUCCGUGACCAACCCGCACGGCGUCAAGGGCCUCGAGAAUGCCUUUUUCCUCAAAGACAUCAACGACGCCCGGAUGAUUCGGAACAAGAUUAUUCACAACCUCGAGCUCGCAUGCCUGCCCACCACGUCUGAUAUUGAGCGCCGCCGUCUUCUCUCCUUCUGCAUCAGCGGUGGCGGCCCCACGGGUGUCGAAUUCGCAGCCGAGCUCUACGAUCUCCUCAACGAGGAUCUGACCCGAAACUUUCCCCGCCUGCUACGCAACGAAAUCUCUGUCCACCUGAUCCAAAGCCGCAGCCACAUCCUCAACACCUAUGACGAAGAGGUUUCCAAGUAUGCCGAGAAGCGCUUCGCCCGCGACCACGUCGACGUCCUGACCAACUCGCGCGUGCAAGAAGUCCACCCGGACAAGAUUGUCUUUUCGCAGAAGCAGGCCGACGGCACGCUCGUCACCAAGGAGCUCCCCAUUGGCUUCUGCCUCUGGUCGACCGGCGUCUCCCAGACGGAGUUUGCGCAGAAGAUUGCAAAGAGCCUGGGCGACUUCCAGACCAACCGCCGCGCCCUCGAGACCGACACCCACCUGCGCCUCACGGGCUCGCCGCUCGGCUCCGUCUACGCCAUCGGCGACUGCUCGACGGUGCAGAACAACGUCGCCGACCACAUCAUCACGGUGCUGCGCAGCAUCGCCUACAAGCACGGCAAGGAUCCCGAGAACCUGCAGCUGCACUUUAGCGACUGGCGCAAGGUCGCCACCGAGGUCCGCCAGCGCUUCCCGCAGGCCGUGUCCCACCUGCGCCGUCUCGACAAGCUCUUCCAGGAGUUUGACAAGGACCAGUCGGGCACGCUCGACUUUGGCGAGCUGCGCGAGCUCCUCGCCCAGAUCGACAGCAAGCUCACCUCGCUCCCGGCCACGGCGCAGCGCGCCAACCAGCAAGGCGUCUACCUCGGCCAGAAGCUCAACAAGAUGGCCCACCUCUCGCGCGGGCUCGAGGUCAACGACGUGCGCGACGGCGACCUCGACGCCGCCGCCUUCAAGGCGUUUGAGUACCGCCACCUCGGCAGCCUGGCCUACGUCGGCAACUCGGCCGUCUUUGACCUCGGCGAGGGCUGGAACUUUACCGGCGGCCUCUGGGCCGUGUACGCCUGGCGGUCGGUAUAUUUUGCGCAGAGCGUCAGCUUCAGAACGAGAUGUCUCAUGGCCAUGGACUGGGCCAAGAGAGGGCUGUUUGGCAGAGAUCUCAUGAGCUUCUAG